AUGCUGGUGCAUCUAACCGUUGCUAAUGCCUCUGUUAACAGGUUACAAAUCUUCCCUGAUGCCUCCCGUUCCGGAUGCCUUGAAACAGAGAAGUUACACAAGAGAAUUAUGCACCUUGAUGCUACACAGUGUGGCAUGUUCACUGUCGACUGUGACACUUACUACACUACUGCCCACGCUGGUGUUGCAGGUGGUGGUGUACGCAAGAUGCAUAUUGUUCACAACAGUGAGACGCCAACCACCACCUACGCUAUCCUAGACACCGGUACUAAACAGGUGACAUGUGCAAUUUCCUCUUCGACUUACUGCUACAGACUGGACCACAUGUACCAUCCCAAAAAGAACUUUAAAAUUGAGUCCAAAAACGCUAAGUACAAAAUGGGGGACUUCCUAGUCAAGAUUGGCACUGUCUCCAUGAGUGGCCACUACAAGGGUAUCCUGGUGGAGGUGGAGUACCUACCGUGUGUGUCACCUGCUCUCUGUUGGUCCCUAAUUAGGGAGUUCAUGCAGUCGUUUAUGGGCUCCUGUGUCAAGCCUACGCCACCUAAUUACCUUCAGGCUCACUAUCAAGACAUACACACACCACAAGAUACAGUCCAGCAGUAUGUGGAGAAAUUUAAUGAAAUUCGUGAAGGCCAGCAGGCCUAUAGUGGUGGCCAGCCUACUGGAGCAGGCCUAUAAUGGUUGCCAGCCUACUGCAGCAGGCCUAUAGUGGACAACCUACUGGAGCAGGCAUAUAGUGGUGGCCAGCCUACUUCAGCAGGCCUAUAGUGGUGCCCAGCCUACUGCAGCAGGCCUGUAGUACCUUCUCUGCUGUUCCUACUCCACUACAUAUAUUUCUUCAAGGAACAAUGAGGAUCUUCAUCCAAGGGCCUAGAGGUGCCUUCUACAUCCUCAGAUCAAACCUUACCCCCCCCCCUCUAUAAAGACCUGGUCUACAGAGACAAAUAUUUCAUAAACCAAAUAAAUGUUAUUUUGUA